CUGUCUUCUCUUUGAUAUAACGAAGGCGGUGUUUUGAUGUUUUUUUUGUGGCAACCAAAUCUCGCAAUAAAGAAAUAACUUGUAACGAGGAAAAAUGUCUCUGGCGGAUGAACUUCUUGCAGACCUCGAGGAAAAUGACGACGCGGAUACUUUCAUGGAAGAACCGGAGCCGAAGUUCAUUCCAGCUUCGGUUUCCAAAGUUCUAGAAGAAGAAAUAAAAGUAUCCUCUGUUAGAGAGUUAGCCAAAUUACGAGAUUCUGAACAGCUACAAAAGGUCAUGUCACAGAUUGAAAAGCACAGCAAAGUACCCAGAAAAUCAGCCGAUAUUGUAGGACCUGUAGAAUCUGAUCCGGAAUAUCAACUGAUAGUUGAAGCUAAUAAUAUGGCUGUAGAUAUCGACAAUGAAAUAGCUACUAUACAUAGAUUUACAAGAGAUAAGUAUUCGAAAAGAUUCCCAGAGUUGGAAUCCUUGGUAGUUGGACAAUUGGAAUAUGUAAUGACUGUCAGAGAAUUGGGAAAUGACUUGGACAGAGCCAAAAAUAAUGAAAUUCUGCAACAGUUUCUUACUCAAGCCACAAUUAUGGUUGUUUCUGUGACAGCAUCAACUACUCAAGGCCAAUUAUUAACAGAAGAAGAGAAAAAAGCCAUUUGUGAAGCUUGCGACAUGGCAGUGGAAUUGAAUAAUUGUAAAUUAAAAAUAUUUGAAUAUGUAGAAAGCAGAAUGGCAUUUAUUGCACCAAACUUAUCAAUAAUUGUUGGUGCAUCAACAGCCGCCAAAAUUAUGGGCGUCGCAGGUGGUUUGACAAAACUAUCCAAGAUGCCAGCUUGUAACGUUCUAGUCCUAGGAUCUCAAAAGACUACACUCUCUGGAUUUUCGCAAGUCGCUACUUUGCCUCACACGGGAUUCAUAUAUUACUCCGAUAUCGUACAAGAAACGCCUCCCGAUUUACGGAGGAAAGCAGCGAGGCUCGUGGCAGCUAAAAGCAUGCUAGCGGCUAGAGUGGACGCCUGUCACGAGAGUACGGACGGCCACAUCGGUCAGAUGCUGCGCGAGGAAAUUGAAAAGAAAUUAGAUAAGCUACAAGAACCACCGCCCGUAAAGUUCGUAAAGCCGUUACCGAAACCAAUCGAUCCUGGUCGGAAAAAACGUGGCGGUAAACGCGUCCGUAAGAUGAAGGAACGCUAUGCAAUCACCGAGUUUAGGAAGCAUGCCAACAGAAUGAACUUUGCGGACAUCGAGAACGACGCUUACCAAGAGGAUCUCGGUUACUCGCGAGGAACGAUUGGUAAAGCCGGAACGGGUCGAAUCAGGUUGCCACAAAUCGACGAGAAGACGAAAGUUAGAAUAUCCAAGACACUGCAAAAGAAUCUGCAGAAACAACAGCAAUGGGGUGGCAGCACUACUGUUAAGAAACAAGUAUCCGGUACCGCUUCCAGCGUGGCUUUCACCCCUUUGCAGGGUCUUGAAAUCGUCAAUCCGCAAGCUGCAGAGAAAAAAGUAAACGAAGCAAAUGCAAAGUACUUUUCUAAUACAGCUGGUUUCCUGAAAGUAAAAAAAACAUAAAGAAGAGAAUCCCUGUUAAAAUAACAUGAGAAAAUUCCCAUAUAUAUUUAAUAUUCGUAAGUUUAUAUAUUUAAAUGUAUAUGAUUUCUUAUCUGGUUGGAAGUACAAUAAAUAUAAGUAGGAGCAAACCUAAUAUUGAUAUCACAAA